AUGGCAACCACAUCACCAUCACCAGGUUCAUCUCCCUCAGCCGUGCCACCAUCAUCAGAGAGGUGGAAGCUACUAGAGUUUGCAGAGCUGAAGCGAAGCUCUAUUUCAUUCUUUGACAUUGAGAAACCCGAGUCAACCCUUUCACGCUUGUCAAGGGCAACAACUAGAGCCGCUAGGGUGGGAAAAGGCAUAUCUAAGGUUGGAAAUGCUAAGGAACUUGCUUCACCACAUUGGCUUGAGGCAAUUGAUCCUCACCAUCGCUAUGGCCAUAAUCUUCAAUAUUAUCAUGUGAAAUGGCUCCACUGUGAGAGUAAACAGCCCUUCUUCUACUGGCUCGACGUAGGAGAAGGAAAAGAGGUCAAUCAUGAGAGAUGUUCUAGAAUGAAGCUUCAGCAGCAAUGCAUCAGAUAUCUUGGUCCGGUAGAAAGGAAGGCUUAUGAAGUUGUGGUACAAGAUGGGAAACUUAUCUUCAACCAUAGUAGUGAAUUCCUUCAUACAGCAGGAGGACCCGAAAAUGCGAAGUGGAUCUUUGUGCUUAGUACGUUCAAGACCUUGUACGUUGGGCUGAAGAACAAGGGCACAUUUCAACAUUCAAGUUUCAUGGCAGGUGGAGCCAUAUUGUGUGCUGGAAGAUUAGAAGUGGAAGAUGGCAUCGUGAAGGCAGUUUGGCCUCACAGUGGGCAUUAUCAACCGACAGUAGAAAAUUUUCAGGAAUUCUUGUCAUUCCUUAAGGAACGCAACGUAGAUCUCAAUAAUGUAAAGGUAGAGAAUGCAAGACAUGCAUUUUUUUAUCUAGCCAAAAACCUCCUGCUUUAA